AUGACCCUUUCUAAACGAACCAUUAGGUUUCAAAAAAUGGUUACUCGCUCCAUCGUCGAUUCCGAUAAUAGAGCACUAGAGGCAGAUUUACAAAGGGUUUCUCGGAAGAAGUAA